GGGAGGGUCUAAAGGGAGCAUCAGUUCGACUGCUGCUCGGCCAGUCACUCUGAUUAGCUUCGGGGAUAUUUCGACAGCAGUCAACGGGGUAGCACGGAGUUCUUUGGUUAGCUGAAGCCACAACGUUUUGGGAGAGAUGGCUGCAAUCAGAAAGAAGCUGGUGAUAGUUGGAGAUGGUGCAUGCGGGAAGACUUGCCUGCUCAUCGUCUUCAGUAAGGACCAGUUCCCAGAGGUCUACGUCCCCACUGUAUUUGAGAACUACAUUGCUGACAUUGAAGUUGAUGGCAAACAGGUGGAGUUGGCACUGUGGGAUACUGCCGGCCAGGAGGAUUAUGAUAGACUGCGGCCUCUCUCCUACCCUGACACAGACGUUAUACUAAUGUGCUUCUCUAUAGACAGCCCUGACAGUUUAGAGAACAUCCCUGAGAAAUGGACCCCCGAAGUGAAACAUUUCUGUCCCAAUGUCCCCAUCAUCCUUGUGGGCAACAAGAAGGACCUCAGAAAUGAUGAACACACACGCAGGGAGUUGACCAAGAUGAAACAGGAGCCUGUGAAGUCUGAGGAGGGCAGAGACAUGACCAACCGCAUCAGUGCCUUUGGCUACAUGGAGUGCUCAGCCAAGACCAAGGACGGCGUGCGGGACGUGUUUGAGAUGGCUACCAGAGCAGCGCUGCAGGUCCGCAAGCGCAAGAAGAAGGGUGGCUGCCAGUUACUGUGAGGGGUCAGGAUCUGUUGGCUGAUCAGCAUCUGAGGGAGGACUGUCCCAGACAACAACUUAGAGAAACCUUAAAUCAGUGGCUUCCAUAGACUGUACUUACUCCACACAUGCAGGCACAUAUGAAAGACUGCCACAACUGUUUAAAACAAAACAAAUCGGCUAUUAUUAAAUGUUUCCUUUCCAACUCUGUUGUUGCUCCUAUCCUGUCAUUUCUGGUAACCAGCACACCAGGCCUCUUGUGUGGAGGAUUGGACCCUUCCUUCUGUGUGAAUGUAUGUUUGUAUUUAAAUGUGCAUAUUCUUUAAAAAUGCCAUGCCAUCUGCUUCUUGUGAUUCUGUUGACAGAGAAAGGGUCUUGUGGGCUUUUUGCCCUCUUUUUCUUUCAGCCACGAAUUGCUUUUCUUUUUUUUUUUCAUGUUCGGCUUCUGCUAAAAACUCCAUCUUGUACCACUUGGUUUCCUUUUAUACACCUGAUUCUGUGAUGGUUUUUGUUUUACCUCUAUUAAUUUUGCACACUAAAACUUGUAUUUCACCAAGUGCUUUGUCAGCCGAGCUGUUUUUCACAAUUCUUCUGCACGAGACUAAACUUGGGAGCCGUCCACACCUAAUUAAGCCCUAAAUACAGUACACUAAAAGAGCAAAGAGGAUUUGGACUGCACAGUGGUCUCUCGGUUAUGGCGACAGCUUAAACUGGCACUGGAGACAGUGCUCUAUUGUUGAGGACAAUACUAACAGUUGAACUCCACUGGUUCUUGAGACCCGACCAAUGCUUUCCCUCCAUCAGUCCAGCCUCCUUCCUGAUCUCUGUACUGUUUCAGAUCCAAUAUACAGUUACCCCACAGUACUGUGCAAUAGAUUUCCUGAAGAUGAAUGCACUCUGUUUACAGCCAUUUUUAUAUGCAAUGUUAGUCUAUCAAUAGAGCGGUGUCAUCUCUUUAGCUCAGCAGUAUCAGUUCUGUUGGCCAAGUCUUUUUUUUUUUUUUUUAUAACAUGCAUUAACAAUAUAAACGGAAGGUGUAGGACAUAAGAUUUUAAAUGCUUUGACGUGUAAUACGUGCGUGUCUAAUCUUUAACCCGGUAGAACUCUACAGUUUGAAUGCUUUUCUAUCAAAAAGCAGAGAUAGUCAACCUUUUUAAAAAUCCAUAAGCCCUCUGUUACUUUAUUAAAAGCCCAUUGAUCCUGUCACCACUGUAAAAUGUUGGUGUAUCACUUGCUUUAUACGUUUAGAUUCAGAGAUCAGAAAGUAGUUGGCCUAGAAUAAAACCUGCACUUUUGGGCCCCAUGUUAAAUGUAUAACGCGUAGUUAAAGAGAAAAUGUUGAUCGUGAAUACGCUUUGCAAACAAGGGUGGAUUGUGUUGUCUGGAUGAGACAAAUGUGUUAAUAAAAUAUUUUUGAAAAACCA